CAUAAUGUGGUGGUGGCUGCUGCUCACUUUUCCUUUGACUAUUCAUUCUCAAAAUGAGGAAUGGUGCGAUCCAAGCUUGUGCGAACGAGAAUUGCACAUACUGUGCAGGGAUACUGGGAAGUUUUACAGCUCGUGCCCACGAGAUCAGGCAAAACUCAUACCAAUGACAGAAAAUGUCAUAACGAUGUUAACGCAUGUGCAUAACGAUUUGAGAAACAAAGUAGCAGCUGGCUACAAGGAUAUGCCAAUGGCAGCGAGAAUGUUAGAGAUGAGAUGGGAUCGGGAUCUGGCGAAAGUGGCCGAGGCGGCUGUGAGGCUGUGUAGAUUGGAAAAGCUCUGGUGUGCCACAACUCCAAUCUAUAUGUGGACCGGUCAGAACGAAGCCUUGGAUAAGUCUGACUGCCUCAGGAGUAGUGAUUUGGUAAUAAGAAAACACCUGGACGAGUGGAUCAGGCAGGGAGACUAUGCACGUAUGAAUCAUUUGACUGAUCCUUUCUCUGGGGAAACCGCAUGGCACUUUCUUCAAAUGAUACGCGAUAGAAGUGACCGCUUUGGAUGCGCCGUCAGUCGCUAUACCGAUAGAAAUAUAACUCAUCAGCUAAUGAAAUGCAUAUAUAAAUGCACCAUUGCGGUGUCCAACACCGCAAAUACCGUGUACGAAGUUGCACAAAAAAACGGAGGUGAAAAAUGUGUUUCAGGCCUCAGCACUGGUUACAAACAAUUAUGCCAUAGAAGGGAAAAGGCUAAACCAUGUUGGGAAAAAGGUCCACCUACCCCUUCUCCCGAUCCUUGUGAUCCUCCUGGUCCAAAAUGUAAGCCUGGUGCUCCUGGUCCUCCUGGUCCACCAGGUCCUCCUGGUCCGCCUGGUCCACCUAGUCCACCUAGUCUACUUCCUCCCUACCCUCCGACAGAUAAAUACGUACCACCUCCAAUACCCAAGAACCCCCCUAUUCCCCCACCAGGACCUUCUUAUCCCUACCCAUCACCGCCUCCAAUGUAUGAGAGCCCCCCGCCCUGGUUCAAUAUAUUAGGUCUCAGGACAGGUGGAGCUCCGCCAAGAAAAGCCCGACCGAGGCCUCGAAUAAACUCAAAAGUGUUAGGCAGCGCGGAGUAUGACUUCUCUGAUUACGUACAAGAUGUUGAUCCCUGUGACAGCUGCACCUCGUCAUCAUGCAAUUUAAAAGGUGGUGGUGGUGGUGGCGGUGGUGGUGGCGGAGGUGGUGGCGGGGGUGGUGGCGGUGGUGAUGGUGGUGGAGGCGGGGGAGGAGGAGGACGUGGUGGUGGCGGACCAGGAGGACCAGGUGGACCAGGAGGACCACCAGGACCAGGAGGACCACCAGGCCCAGCAGGACCACCAGGACCAGGAGGACCACCAGGCCCAGCAGGACCAGGUGGACCACCAGGCCCAGCAGGACCACCAGGACCAGGAGGACCACCAGGCCCAUCAGGACCAGGUGGACCCGGGGGACCAGGCCUACAUGGAGGACCUUUUGGACCAGGUGGACCUGGUGGACCAGGAGCACAAAUUGGAAGAGGAGUGGUAUAG